AUGCCAGAGUCGCACGCGGGCCCAACGUCGCUCUCGCGAUAUCGUCCUCUGCUCUACCUUUUUACCGGAGUCGUAGCAGCCUACGCCCUCGUUUACAUCCACAAUAACCUCAUCUACCCCAGACCAGAGCAGACAUCCUCCUCCCUCCGCCGCCGAAACGCCGUCCGCCGGAGACGAAACGACCCCGACGAUGUCACCGACACACCCUCCCACCGCGCAAUCACACAUCUCGAACAACUCGAGCGCCAGAAUGGAGUCUACGGUACAUUCCGCAUCGAAACUGAGGACGGACGACGGGUGGAAAGUGGCCUGCUGCCGUCGCUGUUGGCGACACGAGACCAGUUAAUGGAGGAAGUUGGGGUGCCGCCAGCCCAUGCGGAGCGGAUGCGCGAGAUGAUGGAGGAUACGUUCUUGGAGUCGUUUCUUGCAUUGGAUUUCCCGCCCGAGCACGUUUUGGAGGAAAGGAGUCCUGAGAGGCAUUAUCUGUCGGAGCAGUUGCAGCGGCGGGGGAUUUCGCGGGCUGGGGUUGAGAGGGCGCUGGCGCAGUUCAAUGAAAAUAGUAAUUACGGGGAGGAACUAAGGCAUCGGAGACAGAAUGGGGAACGGGUGACGCUGUCGACGUCGACUUUUCCGGAUGUUUCGGUCCCCGCACAGAAUAUGGAUGCUGAUACUGUGGUGGAUGACCAGAGCGUGUUCUCGUGGAGGGAUGGGAAUAAUGACACGUCGCCUACGCGAGAGGGUCAGAAUUUGCUCAACUUGCUAUAUCAUAUUGCGGAGGACCAGUCGCGGCGGGAUGGGUAUAUCCAUCGAGGAGUUACGUGCAACAGCUGCAAUGCCAUGCCCAUCCAAGGUAUUCGGUAUCGAUGUGCAAAUUGCAUUGACUACGACCUGUGCGAGACGUGUGAAGCGAUGCAAGUGCACAUCAAGACACAUUUGUUUUACAAAGUCAGAAUCCCUGCGCCUUUCCUCGGAAAUCCUCGACAGUCUCAGCCCGUUUGGUACCCCGGCAAACCGGCGAUGCUCCCUCGCAGCCUUCCGCGGAACCUUGCCAAGCGUUUCAUGAAGGAGACGGGAUUUGAAAAUACCGAAUUGGAUGCUCUGUGGGAUCAGUUCCGCUGUCUUGCGAACUAUGAGUGGCCAGAUGAUCCUAACAAGCUAUACAUGGCUAUUGAUCGCAAGACUUUUGAUCGCUGCUUCGUGCCCAAUACGUCUAUCCGGCCGCCUCCUCCAAGUCUUAUCUAUGAUCGCAUGUUUGCAUUCUACGACACCAACAGUGAUAAUCUGAUUGGAUUUGAGGAGUUCUUGAGAGGUCUCGCUAGUCUCAAUAACAAGAGCAACGAUGAACGGCUGCGCCGUGUGUUCCGUGGAUAUGAUAUCAACGGCGACGGCUUCGUGGAACGGAAAGACUUCCUGCGUGUGUUCCGGGCAUACUACGCCCUCAGCCGCGAAUUAACGCGGGAUAUGGUUGCCGGUUUGGAAGAUGACUUCUUGGAAGGUGGUGCACGGGAUGUGGUUCUGGGUAGCCAGCCUAUCAGUUCAGCAUUCCCGGGCAGUAUCCCUUCCGGAGAGCCGUCGAGAAUCGGUGAAGGAAAGCGCAUCAACCGGGAAGGCGAUAUGGAGGUUAUGGAUAACGAAGGUGUUCUGCGACAUGACGGCUCUGAUACUGGCGAUCGCUAUAGUGUCGUUGGAGAUUCCGCUGUCCGUGGGCAAUUCGGACGUGUAAGACCUAUGUUUCCGUCUACCGUUCGUCUGGCUUCGGCUGCGGAUUCGCAUCACACAGGGAUUGACGGCAUUGGUGAAGAUAUGGACGAGGACGAAGACGAGGAUGGCAGCGAAUCUGAGGACGCGUCGAGCUCAUCGAUUACCAGUGACCAUUGGCCGCCGGCAGAACACAUACUCGAGGAGGAUGUCAUUAACGCUCUUGGCGCCUCGGUUCCUCUCCAAGAAAUCACAGACCCUGUUGAUCGAGCACGAAUUGGAACGGCUGUGUACCACCGCAUGCGGGAUGACGACCAGAGACGAGUAGACGAAGCUCGUCGGUACGGCAUUGACGAGCGCUGGAGGCGGAGAGCAUUCUACACCGACGUAGAAGACGGUGCUACGAUUCCCGAGGGAUACCAGAGAGAUCCUGACCUUGACGAUUCGAGCGAUGAAGAUGAAGACGUCAUCGAUGAACAACCGGAGUCGCACCCGCCAUCGCCUCGCUCGCGAUCUUCGUCCAAGGUCCGGUUUCAGGAUGAUUUCACUGACGAUUAUGAGAUCCGGUCUACGACUUCGUCGCGAAGCAUUCCUGUUGGAGAACGAUGGGGUGGGUUUGAGGUCCCGGAGGUCGAGCGAGAUGUGGGAAAGGAGGUUCUGUAUCAGGUUACGCAGCAAGGGUUUAACGAGCUGCUUGAUAUCUUGUUUAAACCGAAAGAAGAUCUACUUAUGGAGGUCUACCGGACGCGCACUGAGCGGAAGAUAUGGGCAAGAGAGAUUGAGCAGUUUGAGCAAACCGAUCCACACAAGCAAAAGGCCACGGGAGAUGAACCUGAGGACAGGCACCGUGCCGCAGUGGAACAGAGGUCUCUCGACGAGUUGUUAGAGCGCUCAGGAUAUGCGGUUGACAGCCCGUCUCUGGAGCCUUCUCGGAAUGGUGGUCCUGUGCUUGCUCCCCCUUCUCCUAGAUUCAGGGUUCCUGAUGACGAUGUCCGGCCAGUUCAUCUCGCUGAACCAGAUGAUGACGACUUCGACGAAGAAGAAGAAGAAGAAUUUGAUGGAGAGGAGACUGAAGACGAAGACUAUGAGGGGAUGCCUGAACUGGAAGCCCCCGAAGAAUUCGACGAGCCGGCUCCUCGCCCGGUAACACCUGAACUACAAAUAACCCACGACGAAUCCGCUCCUACAACACCCAACUACGAUCCUACUCUUCCCCAACAUCGUCCUGACGACGUACCAACUGAACUCUCUACUACCGGCGAAGAAACCGCCCUUCCCCUCCGCCUCCGCCUCCAACCCAACAACUCCUUCCCAAUACCCUCCUCCCUCCCCUCGUCCUCCCCCGAAGCCGAAGCAACAGCCCCCAAACAGCCCCCCUCACCCAUCCAACCGCUUCCCCCAGCCCCAACAGCCUCAACCUCCACCCUCCCACUAGAAACAGAAGCAUCGCCAACCCGGCCAACACCGCGGAUGCUUUCCCGGUGGGCAUUUCUGAACCAGGUUGAGCGGGAAGCGAAGGAGCGGGGCGGGACAGGGGCGAAGUUGAACUUCGAGGAGUUUUCGAGACGGAUGGCGGCGGAUCGGCAACGGAGGUUGGCGUUUGUGGCGAGUUGGAUUGAGAUGGCUAGUUUUUAG